AUGACCAGGGCGGCCCCUGGAGUAGCCGUUUCGCUGGCCAUAGCCAGACUUCAUGAUCUUCUCCACUGGUACAAAGACGUCAUCGUCUAUCCAAAUUUAACAGAUCAAAUCUCUGACUCCAUAAGCAAUCUCCAGUGGAUCCUGAACACCAGGAUGAACGCCGAGCUCAGCGAUGACUGCAGACAAAGCCUUCGGAUUUUGGCUGAUAAAGCUAAGGAAAUGGAAGAAUGCCUUGUUGAAUGGUUCGGAGAUCAGACGCCAAAAUUGCAGAAGGGUUGUGUCGCCAAGGUGUUUGCUUCAGUUCGGCUCUUCUCAGUGACGAACCGAGCUCGCCACUGGGAAGGGAUGGCCAAGGAUUUCAUGACGAGAGUCAGGUCGUUAUCCAGCGAGCUCGCACCAUCCAGUGAAGGGAAUCGAGAAAAAACGAGGCAGAGGAUGGAGUCCGAUAUCGUGGGCCGUGGCGAACAUGUAAAGGUGCUUGUGGACCGGUUGACUGAUGGCGAGUCCAACCUUCGGGUGAUCUCGGUGGUUGGCAAACAACACUGUGGCAAGACCGCAGUGGUGAGAAGUGUCUUCAACAUGCCGAAAAUCAAGCAGCACUUUGACCGUCGCGCUUGGCUUCAUGUCACGUGCCCCGGGGCGGAGUCCUACUGGAAGCAGAGCCUCCUGGUGGACAUACUGAAGCAGACAGCGGUCCGAGAUCCGCCAAAAGACUUGGAGCACAAGGACGAGGAGCAGCUGUGUGAGAUGCUUCAUAAAUCGUUGAUGGAGCAGAGGUACUUGAUAGUUUUGGAUAACUGGGGCGAUGCUGAACUCUUCAGCGAGCUCUUGAUCCCAUUCGUAGACUCAAAGAACGGAAGCAGAGUAAUUGUCACAACUCGUAAUGCGGAAAUGCACAACUAUGCAGACCCUUGGACGCCUGAUCUCCACUUUCUCCCUGACUUGACCAAUAAAGAGUGCGAGGAUUUGCUGCAUGUAAGCAUCACUGGAGGAGGUAACUCCAUUGAUGACGAUUCGCAAUUGAAGAUGACCAUCAAAGAGGAAAUUUUGAGCAAAUGCAAUGGUUCUCCUCCGGCUAUCUCAUUGCUAGGAGGACUUUUGUCCACGGUGAAAGUGAGCAACCAGGCGUCCCUCAUCAAGCAGCUCAAAGAUCGUCCCACCCUAGAAGAUAUCAUGCGCUUGAGCUUCGACGAGUUGCCUAGUAUAAUGAAGCUAUGUGUUCUUUACAUGGCUCUCUAUCCUGAGGAGUCCGAGGUCCCUACAAGGAGGCUUUUCCGGCAAUGGGCUACUGAGUGGUUAUUGGCAGAGGCUGCUAACGGGUUGGAACGAUCGCUGUCGGCAGAGGACUGCUUUCGCCAAUUAGAGAGAAGGAACUUAAUCUGCGUGGUACGGCAAAAACCGGAUGGUAGCGCCCAAUCAUGUCGCAUGCCUGCUUUUCUUCAUGAAUUUUUUCGUCAGAAAGCAAAAGAAUUCGGACUUCUUAGGAUAAAGGAAGAAACAAGGGUCACGGGCCCCAACCCCAAGCAGAGUGCCCAGCAUCAACAGGUGCGAGGGCAAACCCCAGCGGAAGGACAUUAUAGUUGCCAGGUCCAUUGCCUUCGGUCUUUUGCCUUGUUUAACACCAGUAAGCUUGAGACCCAAGGGAGAGACAUCGUAGUUCUUGAUGCAUCACAAAAUCUUCUUAAACCAAAACUUUUAGACAGACGCCUGUAUUUGCUAAGGGUAAUUGAUCUCGAGGGUGUUUACAAGCCUGUGCUCCCUGAGAACUUUGGAAAUAUACUGUCGAACCUAAGGUAUUUGGGAUUGAGAUGGACGAUUCUGGAUUCCAUUCCGGAAUCAGUAGGGAAUCUGUUGCUCCUGGAAACAUUAGAUCUGAAGCACACCAACAUAACCAAAGUGACGAGUGCCAUUUGGAAUGCAAAGAAUUUCCGACAUCUGUACCUGAGCGAAGCAUCGUUCGGAAAGUCCAUCCCACACCAUAUUAUAUCAGGGAAGCCUCCAUAUUGUAAACUCGAGACGCUAUGGGGUCUGUUCAUAGAAACUGGUAAGAGCCCCAUGAUAAGAGUGUUGAAGAAGCUGCGAAGCAUGAAGAAGCUGGGCGUGACAUGCCGUCCCGGGGCAGUGAAGGCAGUGACCGAAUGCUUUUCGAGCCUGACCAGGCUCGAGUCCCUGAGGUUGAGAUCGAGGGACCUGUUAGGCCAGCCUGCAGUGCUCAAUUUGAGUGAAAUGAAAUGA